UUUGUCCUCACGUGUCCCUGCAGGUGUGAUGAGAAGCUGGAGCUGCAGUGGUCUCUGGAGGGCCACCAGCUGGGCGUGGUGUCGGUGGACAUCAGUCACAACGGAGCCAUCGCCGCCUCCAGCUCCCUCGACGCUCACAUCCGUCUCUGGGAUCUGGAGUCCGGGAAACAGAUCAAGUCCAUGGACGCCGGACCUGUUGACGCCUGGUCGGUCGCCUUCUCCCCAGACUCUAAAUACAUCGCCACAGGAAGCCACCACGGCAAGGUCAACAUCUUCGGUGUGGAAAGUGGCAAGAAGGAGCAUUCUCUGGACACUCGAGGGAAAUUCAUCCUGAGCAUAGCUUACGUAAGGAAUCAUAAAUCGUCCUCUGGCCGGCUGCAUGGAGCCCUCUCUGUCUUUACAAUCACUCAUCUUGAUUUGUGUUUUUCUAAGAAAAGGUGUCCUAGACCUAGCUAUAGAUCAUACCCUAGUUACAUUUGAAAGUAGUUGUUAUGUUACAGGGUGUC